UCGGUCCCAUGUGCUUCUCUUUCUUUUGGUUUGUUCUGUAAUUUUGCACAAGCAAAAAUGGCCGACGAUUGGGCGAUUGAUGAUAGUCAGGUUGUAGUUGGACCCGAAGCUCAGGAUAUUAAAUUAUUUGGCAAAUGGAGCUCUGAUGAUGUGCAAGUUGGUGACAUCAGUUUGACUGAUUAUAUUGCAGUGAAAGAGAAAAACUCGGUAUACCUUCCUCAUACUGCUGGAAGGUAUGCGGCAAAACGAUUCAGGAAGGCUCAAUGUCCGAUCGUUGAACGUCUCACCAAUUCCAUGAUGAUGCACGGGAGAAAUAAUGGCAAAAAAUUAUUGACCAUUCGUAUUGUUCAGCAUUCAUUUGAAAUUAUUCAUCUGCUUACUGGAGAGAACCCCUUGCAAGUUCUGGUGAAUGCUAUUAUCAAUAGUGGACCACGUGAGGAUUCCACACGUAUUGGUAGAGCCGGUACAGUCCGUAGACAGGCGGUUGAUGUAUCUCCUUUAAGACGUGUAAAUCAGGCAAUAUGGCUUCUUUGCACUGGAGCUAGAGAGGCAUCUUUCAGAAAUAUCAAAUCUAUAGCUGAAUGCUUGGCUGAUGAAUUGAUAAAUGCUGCAAAGGGUUCCUCUAAUUCUUAUGCCAUAAAGAAGAAAGAUGAACUGGAAAGAGUAGCUAAAUCAAAUCGUUAAAAUAUCUGAUAAGUUCACUCAAACUGAAUAAAAUAACCACAAUCUGGUGGAAAAAA